AUGGGCUCCCGCGGCUCCCACGCCGCGCGCAUUCCCGACGGGGACAGCAUCCGGCGGGAGACGGGCUUCUCGCAGGCCAGUCUGCUCCGCCUCUACCACCGGUUUCGGGCACUGGACAGGAACAAGAAGGGCUACCUGAGCCGCAUGGAUCUGCAGCAGAUUGGGGCGCUGGCCGUGAACCCCCUGGGAGAGCGCAUUAUAGACAGCUUCUUCCCUGACGGGAACCUGCGAGUGGAUUUCCCAGGCUUUGUCAGAAUCCUGGCUCAUUUUCGACCUGUGGAUGAUGAGGACCCAGGCAUGCGAGACCCCAGGGAACCUGAACCCCUCAACAGCAGAAUGAACAAACUUCGCUUCGCAUUUCAGCUCUAUGACCUGGAUCGAGAUGGAAAGAUCUCCAGGCAUGAGAUGCUACAGGUCCUCCGGCUGAUGGUUGGGGUGCAGGUGACAGAAGAGCAGUUGGAGAGCAUCGCGGACCGCACGGUGCAGGAGGCGGAUGAAGAUGGGGAUGGGGCCGUGUCCUUCCUGGAGUUCACCAAGUCCCUAGAGAAGAUGGACAUCGAGCAGAAAAUGAGCAUCCGGAUCCUGAAGUGACCCCCUUUGCGCCUCUGACUAGCUUACACAGACCAGUUCAGCCUGGGAUUUAUCUUCAGCCACCCAAGGGGCAGGGCCCCCAUAAACUGUAUUUUUGUGUCUAUGCUAAAUUCUAUUUAGGACCAAGGAGAGAAAGCCAGAAGGGCGUGUACUAAAUAAAGUCUAGUUCAUUUGAUCUCAGAUUUGUCAAUCAGCCAGCAAUCUUCUGGUUGCGAGCGACUGAAAACCCAACUUAUAGCGCCUUGGGUAAAAAAGGAAUUU